AUGUUAGAUAUUAAUCAAUUUAUUGAAGAAAAGGGUGGUAACCCAGAACUAAUUAGACAAUCCCAAAAGGCUAGAAACGCCAGCGUUGAAUUGGUUGAUGAUAUUAUUGCUGAUUACAAAGAUUGGGUUAAGACUAGAUUUGAACUAGAUGAAUUAAACAAAAAACUAAACAAAUUACAAAAAGAUAUUGGUUUGAAAUUUAAAAACAAAGAAGAUCCAAAAGAAUUAUUAGUUGAAAAGGAUAUAUUAACCGCAGAAAAGGCUAAAUUGACCGAAAGGGAACAAAAAGAUGAUAAAGAUUUAAAAGAAAAAGUCUUCCAAGUUGGUAAUAUUGUCCACCCAUCUGUUGUCAUUUCUAAUGACGAAGAAAACAAUGAAUUAGUCCGUACUUGGAAACCUGAAGGAUUAGAAAAUGUUGGUCCAGUUGCCUCUGUCACUGGUAAGCCAGCUACAUUAUCACAUCAUGAAAUCUUGUUGAGAUUAGAUGGUUAUGAUCCAGAACGUGGUGUCAAGAUCUCUGGUCACAGAGGUUUCUUCUUGAGAAACUACGGUGUUUUCUUAAACCAAGCUUUAAUUAACUAUGGUUUAAGUUACAUGGCUAAGAAUGGUUAUGUUCCAUUACAGGCUCCAGUUAUGAUGAACAAAGAAGUCAUGGCUAAGACUGCUCAAUUAUCCCAAUUUGAUGAAGAAUUAUACAAGGUUAUCGAUGGUGACGAUGAAAAAUAUUUGAUUGCCACUUCUGAACAACCUAUUUCAGCCUACCACAGCGGUGAAUGGUUCGAAAAACCACAAGAACAAUUACCAAUCAGAUAUGUUGGUUAUUCUUCUUGUUUCCGUAGAGAAGCUGGUUCUCAUGGUAAGGACGCUUGGGGUAUCUUUAGAGUCCAUGCUUUCGAAAAAAUUGAACAAUUCUGUUUGACAGAACCAGAAAAAUCUUGGGAGGAAUUUGACAAAAUGAUUAACCAUUCAGAAGCUUUCUACCAAUCAUUGAAAUUACCAUACCGUGUUGUUGGUAUUGUCUCUGGUGAAUUAAAUAAUGCUGCUGCCAAGAAGUACGAUUUAGAAGCUUGGUUCCCAUACCAAAAAGAAUACAAGGAACUAGUCUCAUGUUCCAAUUGUACCGAUUAUCAAUCAAGAAACUUGGAAAUCAGAUGUGGUAUCAAGAAAAUGGGUGACAGAGAAAAGAAAUACGUUCAUUGUUUGAACUCUACUUUAGCUGCUACUGAAAGGGCUUUAUGUUGUAUCUUAGAAAACUACCAAACUGAAGAUGGUUUGAUCGUUCCAGAAGUCUUAAGAAAGUACAUUCCAGGUGAGCCAGAGUUUUUGCCAUACGUUAAGGAAUUACCAAAAAACUCCACUUCAAACAAGAAGAAAUAG